UUUACGGCUGCUCACGAUAAUCAAGCGUACAGAUAAACAAGAAAACUCGUUGUGGCACUCUGCUCUGAUAGAAGGUUUAUAUCGCAGCGAGAUACAUGUUCGGAUGGACUGGCUACUUCCUGCUUAUUUGACAGCGAGCACGAUUUGAUCCCUGUGGCUACUCCUCCCCCGACUUUAAAACGGAAACGCGCGACAAAGAGCCGCAGCAUGACAAUGCUUCUCCGAAAUCGAGCUGUCGUUGCUCUUGGGCUUCGAAUGUGCUCCUCUCAUGUGACCAAAGGACCGCUGGCUGAUGCAGUGAAACACAGCUCAGACAUGUCUGAAUUCCGUGAGGUGUUUUCCAAAGCCAAGCACAUAGCCAUCAUAACAGGAGCUGGUGUAAGCGCAGAGAGCGGAGUACCAACCUUUCGUGGAAAGAAUGAGAAGUGGAGGAAGUGGCUGUCUCAGGACCUUGCAACGCCAGAGGCCUUCUCUCGCGACCCGUCUCGAGUCUGGGAGUUCUACCAUUACAGAAGGGAGCUUGUGAUGAACAAGAAGCCCAGCGCUGUCCAUUUGGCUUUAGCAGAAUGCGAGGCUCGGCUGAAGAAGCAGGGACGCUCUGUGGUCAUCAUCACUCAGUGCAUAGAUGACCUGCACCGUCAGGCUGGGUCCAAACAUGUGCUCAACGUUCACGGCAGUCUGAUGGAGACGCGCUGUAUGAGUUGCGGUCAUGUGUCAGUGAACAAGAGAAGCCCCAUAUGUGCUCCCUUAAAAAACAAAGGUGACCCUGGCCCAGAUGUUCCUGAUGCCCAGAUUCCUGUGGAUAAGCUGCCAAGGUGUGAAGAAAGAGAGUGUAAUGGUCUUCUGAGACCCAAUGUGGUGUUUUUUGGGGAGACGCUGGACUCUCACAUUCUUACCAAGGUGGAAAAAGAAAUUGAAACCUGUGAUCUUUGUCUCGUGGUGGGAGCAUCUUCUAUUGUUUACCCAGCAGCCAUGUUUGGCCCUCGUAUUGCAUCCAGAGGUGUUCCAGUGGCGGAGUUUAAUAUACAUACAACACCGAAAUCAGAAUAUUUCAUGUACCAUUUCCAGGGUCCAUGUGGAACUACACUGCCUCAAGCUUUGGCACAACAUGAGUCAGAGGUUUUUUAAAAAAAACACCAGGCUGACUUUUUCAACAUCAGUUAGAUUCAAAAAAACAAAAUAAAACCUACAAGCCAGUGCAGCCCAGACAUUUCUUAGCAAUACUCCAAAUCUCUUUAAAUCAUUGUAGCUGUUAAUGUGCUUUAAGGUAUUUUGUAAAUCAUUAAGCUUCUUGACAAUUUUUGAGAUGAAUUUCUUAAUACUUGAAAAUGUAGCUCACUAACUGGAAUCAGAUCAUGAUUUUUUUAUGUUACAUGAUAUCGUGUGAACUAUGCAGCUUAAAAAGGAAAGGGAGAACAUGCAUGUAAAAAUCAAAACAAAAGUCAGACAUCAAAAGGUAUUCUUUCAUAAUGGAUGUUAAUGAGAAGAUCAUUAAAUGUUAGCACUGUUGUUCUCUAAAAUGAAGCUGUAGAUCAACAUAUUACUUCUGGUAGAGUAUUCCACUUUUCUCUUUCUACCGCAUGAAGAGAUGUACAAAUCAUAAUAUAAUCUAGUGCCUUUUCAGACUGUUUACACAACCUUGACCAAAUGCUUGCUUUAAGUUUCAAGUACAAAUCUUUCAAUGUUACAGAGAUUUAUUCCAGUGUACAGAGUUUGCUGUUGACCAAGAACAGAGAGGAAGUGAAAAAUUCAGGUUAUGCCUGUCAUUUACUCU